CUCCGCUUCCGGUCUGAACAAACAAACAAACGGCGGCUUCACGGCGUCACUUCAACGUUAAAGAGAGAGAGAGAGAGAAAGAGAGAGAGAGAGAGAAAGAAAGAAAGGCAGAAAGGCGUUUAUCAGGAUAUUUUAUUCAUCCUGUGAUGUUCAGAUGAUUUCCUAAUUGGUGUUCGUUCCUUGAGAAGGCGUCUGAGGAACCUGUACCUACACGGUGGUGGAUCCUGAUCAGGUGGUCAGUUUCAGCCAAUCUGAGGGACCGGGGCGUCUCCAUGGUUACGGCAUGGUGUUUGAGAGAUGACGCCGUGACGCUGCGCUAACUCGUGGCCGUGUGCCGAUGAUGUAGCGCUAACACGCUGGUCUGCUACGUGACCUCGGAAAAUAUCUUCUUGCGAUCACAAGAAAAAAAGAAAAAAAACCUCUCCUGGUCGUUCUGCAGUCGUGUAAUCGCUUCAUUAACACGUCUUCUCCUCCACCUGCAGCUGAAUCCGUGAUGACGACGUCUCCGAGAUAUCCGAGCUCCAGACCACCAGUCGGAAAGCCGGAUGUGGAAUUCCAGACGCCGACCGUGUCGGAGAAGUUUCAGAGCCGAUUCGGAUGGAGGCCCCACAGAGCCGAGAGCGAGACGCAUCCAGGAGCGAAGACCACAGACAGCACGGAGGAAUCGUGCAGCUCCAGCAGCAGUCCGUCCUUCCAGCCAAUCCGGAGUCAGAUUCCGAUCCCCACCGCCCAUGUCAUGCCCUCCACGGCCCACAAUCCUUUGCAGCGACCCACAGACUCCCGCUCCAGCUCCUCCAGCUCCAGAUCGUCCCUCUGUAAAUCCGCAUCGUCCCCGAACCUGGAGGCGCAGGACGGAGGCGGAGUCAAACAGGACUGUCUGAGUCGCUACCGCAGCCUCGUCAACGGGUUGGACCACUCGCUGUUCCCCGGAGCGGACCACAACCACACGCGGCUGGACGAGGGUCAGGGCUUCGAGACGCCCGCCGUGGAGCCGACGCUGAACCAGUCCGCGCUGCUCGGAGGAUUCGGACCCGACGUCAGGAUGAAGCUCCACAUGACCGGGCUCGGGGACGGCGCCGAAUAUCGGACCGACGCCUUCCAUAACGCUUUGGAUCAGACCUAUAAGGUGUUGCCCGAAGCUAGAACGGGAAUUCCGUCCUCCUCGGAGUCGUACGCCAAAACGAAGGCGCAUCCGGGCGAGAACAUGGCCGACUGGCAGCAGAAAUUCGAGAACCUGCGAAUGCAGGUGGAGCAAAUGCAGUUGUUAGGGAGCGGACAGUACUCGUCUCUGUAUCCGUCUCCUCUGCAGUCUGAGAGCAGUAAAUGGGAGGCGGUGAUGAAGGCCAACGAGAGUCUGCUGAAGGAGAAGGAACUCAUCAUUGACAGGCAGAAGCAGCAGCUGUAUCAGCUCGAGCAGCGCCUCAGAGAGAGCGAGUUACAGAUCCAUGGAGCUCUGAUGGGGCGAGGAGCUCCGUUCACUGACGUCUGUCUGCUCAGACUGCAGGAGGCGCAGCGUGAAAACGCUUUCCUGCGUGCCCAGUUUGCCGAGCGCAGCGACUCGUUCGCUCAGGAGAAGCUGGAGGCGGACCGGCGUCUGGGAGCCGUGGAGGCGGAGACUCAGCGUCUGAGCGAGAGUCUGAAGGAAAGCGCGGAGAAACACGCCGAGGAACUGAAAAAGCAGGAGGAGAGGAUCCGUAACCGAGACAAGCACAUCAACAGCCUGAAGAAGAAAUGCCAGAAGGAGGCGGAACAGAACCGAGAGAAACAGCAGCGCAUCGAGACGCUGGAGCGUUACCUGGCCGACCUUCCCACCAUGGAGGACUACCAGAGCCAGAGGAAACAGUUGGAGGCAGCAGAACAGAAGGUGGAUGAGCUCCAGGGAUUGGUGGAGGAACUGGAGGCUCAGCUGAAGGAGGUGAGAGCCGCCAAUCGCGCUAAAGACGGACAACUGGAGGAACAAAAACGCAGAGAGAGGGAGCUGCUCGCUACGGUUACUAGUCUGCAGGCCCGAGUGCAGGAGGGGUUGGACGAUGGAGCUCGAUUGCCAUCUCUGGACGUCGAGAAGCUCCGAGAGGAAAACGUGACUUUGAAAGAAGAGCAGCAGAAACUCAAAAAGGUUAUUGAGAAGCAGCUGAGGAUGAUGGAGCAGCUCGGCUCGCAGAUCAGGAGCGUGCAGCAGCAGCUAGCGGAGGAGGAGAGCGGCGGUCAGGCUCUGAGAGACGAGCUGAACUCGAAAGAUCAGCAGCUGCUGCAGUUACGCUCGGCUGUGAAGGAGCUGUCUGCGCAGAACCAGGAGCUGAUGGAGCAGAGUGUGUGUCUGCGUGAGCGUCUGCAGGCCGAGUCGAGUGUGUGUGACGUGCGACUCACUCAGCAGCUGCUCAAUGAAAUGGCAUUGUGUCUGACUGACCUGCGCUCCCUCUGCAGCGUCCUCACACACACCGCACACGGCCGAGACCCCAACCUGUCCCUGCUGCUGGGGAUCAGCGCCCCUGCUGUAUCAGAGCCGUGUGAUGAUUGGCUGAAUCCCGCAGUUCUACAGAAGAAACUCCAGGAGGCGCUGCAGCUGAGACGAGACGUGGAGGAGCUGCGGAACACCGUCUCAGACCGCUACGCUCAGGACAUGGGGGAGAACUGCACCACCCAGUAACGCAGAACCCACAGAACCCGAACUGCACCACACAGUAACGCAGAACCCACAGAACCCACAGAACCCGAACUGCACCACACAGUAACGCAGAACCCACAGAACCCACAGAACCUGAACUGCACCACACAGUAACCCAGAACCCACAGAACCCACAGAACCCGAACUGCACCACACAGUAACGCAGAACCCACAGAACCUGCACUGCACCACCCAGUAACGCAGAACCCACAGAACCCGAACUGCACCACACAGUAACGCAGAACCCACAGAACCCGAACUGCACCAC